AUGCUCGCCAUACAACGUCCCAGGAUGGGUUCGACGCAGCCGUCAGACCCGAAUUUGCCCUUCGGCUAUGCCGUUGAUCCUUCUCAAGAUUUCUUCCUUGACCCUCCCGAACCUGCGCCUGGCGCACCUCUCCUCAAUGCCGAUGACACAAAACUUCUCAGUUCCUUUUUUGAGGAUAUGACCGCGGACCACUACAAUCUCCCGUCUUUUGGAGAAGGUCUUAACUUCAGCGAUGCUUGGCUGGACCUACCACCGGUGUUUAUGGGGACGGCAACGUCCUUUGGCCAGUCCCCAGCACCGCCUCUUGCAUCUCCAGGACACGCCAUUCCCCAUACCGAUUUCCCUGACAUGAUGUCCAUGGGCUCGAAUCUGAUGCCACCGCCACCGCCUCCUCCCCAACAACAGCAACAGCAGCAGCAACAGCAACAACAACAACAACAACAACCACCACCAUUACAGCAGCAGCAACAGCAGUCACAUCAGACUCUGGAACAACAUCAUUCGGCAGACGUGCUCGCAGCCGCCACACUUCUCCAAAAUGGCUCAUCAUUAAGAUCAAGCAACGCUGGCUCCAGCGCGAUGUUUAGCAAUAGCAACAGAGAUAUUACACACUCUCUGGGCCCCCCAGUCGGUCACCUCAGACACCAACCUAUGGAGGACUUCAAGCGCGCUGAGCGCGGCAGCGUCGCCCAGGCCAACCUUGUCGAGGACCACGAAAGCACCUUUGCGGAUAUGUUUUUUGGCCCUGCGCCAGGUGAAAGGGUCUCGGCCCAGCGGACGAGUCAAGCCCCGAUCGAUCUUCAGUGGGGUACCGAUGCCCGGUUUGGCCGUGCCAACUCAUUCGUUCCCGACCCGAAAGAAUCGUAUGACGCUUUGGCCAAGGGCCAGCUAAGAUACAUGGAAUGCCUCGAGCCUAGCCAGAGCAACAACAAUACACGCCCUCCAAGUGCUAACGGCGAGUCUUCCUUGGGUAAGGGACACAGCCGAAAGUCGUCUGAGAUCUUGAAGAAAGAGGAGGAUACUGAAGCGCCACCACGCAAGAGGAGAAAAAGCCGAAGUACGAAGGAGGAUGUGGACGAAGAGGAUGAGGAGAGUGGUCCUUCAGUAAAGGCGGCAAGGAAACGAAAGACUAAGACAGAGCCCUCCAACACGCCACCGGCGGAAAACGGAACAGCAGGCAGGAGACGCAAAUCAGGCACCGGAGCCAAGCCGCCUCGGGAGAAUCUUACAGAAGCACAGAAAAGAGAAAACCACAUCCGGAGCGAGCAGAAACGGCGGACGUUGAUCAAGGAAGGCUUCGACGACCUCUGCGAUCUUGUGCCAGGACUCAAAGGGGGCGGUUUCAGCAAGAGUACCAUGCUCACCAUGGCAGCUGAGUGGUUAGAGGACAUGCUCAAGGGCAAUGAGGAGCUCAGUGCUCAACUGAAUGCUCUCGAGGGCCGGUGA